GUCUAGUUUGGAGUAUAGUGGUAGGAACAAAAUGCAGGCGGCUAGUGAACCCUAGUUUCUUUGUCUUGUCGGUGCUCAUCUCUGUUUUCAACAUCAUCUUCCUUCUUCCUUCUUUUUCUUCAUUGUCCCCAAUCAUGUGCCCCUAAUCUUUCCAAUUCCGAUCACACAGCUAAAACACUCGGGCCUCCUCUCAGGGUUUGCAUUGCAUGCAGAAAUGUUGGGGAAAGGGAACACGAAGGGGGAUGGUGGAUCGAAGUCGGUAGCAAAAAUACUUGCAAAAUGGAAAGAGUACAACGCACAGCUUGAUUCAAGCAGCGACGCCGAUAAACCGAUUCGGAAGGUUCCGGCGAAGGGGUCGAAGAAGGGGUGUAUGAAGGGAAAAGGGGGACCUGAGAAUUCGCGGUGUAACUACCGGGGAGUGAGGCAGAGGACUUGGGGAAAAUGGGUUGCCGAAAUUCGAGAGCCCAACCGAGGCAGCAGGCUUUGGCUUGGAACUUUCCCGACCGCCAUUGGUGCUGCCCUUGCCUAUGACGAGGCUGCCCGCGCUAUGUACGGUUCUUGUGCCCGCCUCAACUUCCCCAACGUCUCUGUCUCCAGUUUCUCCCACCAUUCUUCUUCUCCGCCUGAAGACCACCACGAUGAUGAUGUCAUUUCGUUAUCCUUAAGUGUAAAGCAUGAGGCUGUGGAGGCUGAAUCUGGGGCUAGUAACUCCCCUCCUUCUUCCUCCUGAUGUGUAUGUACAUUUUGUUCAUGGCUAUAUAGAACUCUUAGCCGGUUCUAGUUUGUAAUGAUUUAGAUUUAGACGGAAGGAGACUUGGAACUUGCUUGGAAUUUGGAAAGUGUUCGUUUUUCUUCAGCUUUUGGGCUAAUGCACCACACUGGACAUCCUAGUCCAGUUUUGACUUACAAUUGUCAUAUAUAGUUUACUUGGAAGUAGUGGAAAAUGUUGUGCAUUCUACUAGAAUUGUGUUAGAACA